GGAGAGCACGAUGUCCGCGCCCAAGCCAGCGCCCGGGGUCACCUCCGUGAACCCGCCGAGGAAGACCCCGGCCACGAUGGACAACUUCGAGAAGGUUGAGAAGAUCGGGGAGGGAACGUACGGCGUCGUGUACAAGGCCAGAGAUCGCAGGGACGACUCCGUGGUGGCGCUCAAGCGGAUCCGGCUGGACCAGGAGGAGGAAGGGGUCCCGUCGACGGCGAUCCGCGAGAUCUCCCUCCUCAAGGAACUCAAACACGAGAAUAUCGUCAGCCUCAUGGACGUGAUCCACCAGGAUAAGAAGCUCUACCUCGUCUUCGAGUUCCUCGACGUGGACCUCAAGAAGCACCUGGACACCCACCCGCACGUCAGCAACGACAGGCGCGUCAUCAAAGGCUACCUCUACCAGAUGUGCGCCGGCAUCGCGUACUGCCACUCGCACCGCGUCUUACACCGCGACCUGAAGCCCCAGAACCUGCUGGUGGACCAGACCACGAACGUGUUGAAGCUCGCGGACUUUGGGCUCGCGAGGGCGUUCGGUAUCCCGCUUCGGGCGUACACGCACGAGGUUGUCACGCUGUGGUACCGGAGCCCCGAGAUCUUGCUGGGCGCCCGGCACUACAGCACCCCGGUGGACGUGUGGAGCAUCGGGUGCAUCUUCGCCGAGAUGAUCAACCACGCGCCCCUCUUCCCGGGCGACUCCGAGAUCGACGAGCUCUUCCGCAUCUUCCGCGUCCUCGGCACGCCCGACGACGGCGCGUGGCAAGGGGUGGAGCAGCUCCCAGACUACAAGACGCAGUUCCCGCAGUGGAGGGCCAAGGAGUGGAAGGACAUAUGCCCGAGCCUGGACGAGGCGGGGCUCGAUUUACUGGAGCAGAUGCUGCAGUACGCGCCGCACAAGCGGAUCAGCGCGAGGGACGCGUGCAACCACAGGUUCUUUGACGAUUACGAGCCGAGCACCGAGCGACCGAGGCCGAGCGAUCGGUUCGGCCGCGAGGGCGGUCUUAAGAAGAGGCGGAGCGAUGGCGCCGGCGAGGGGGCCCGGGGCGAGGGGCGAGGGGCGGGCGGGGCGACACGCGGGGGGGGCAGCGACGGGGAGUCUCCACCGUCGAAGGGCUCCAGGGACGAAAACGACGCCAAGGAUGCGAACGACGCCGAGUAG